AGAUUUGUUUUUGCCGGGAAAGGAAGAAAACUUGGUUCAAAACGCCAAAAUGGAUCACCUAACUAAACUGCGAGUGGAUCUUGAUAAGCAGGAAAGUCUUAUUAAGUUGGCCAUCCUGACGACUGCUGCUAUUCUAUCUUUCGCCACGCGUCUGUUCUCUGUGCUCCGUUUUGAGAGUGUCAUCCACGAGUUUGAUCCAUACUUUAACUACCGCACCACCAAGUAUCUGGCCGAGCAGGGAUUCUACAGUUUCCACAACUGGUUCGACGACCGAGCAUGGUAUCCACUCGGGCGCAUCAUCGGUGGCACCAUCUAUCCAGGGUUGAUGGUUACCUCGGCUACCCUUUAUCGCAUCCUGUGGUUCCUGAAUAUUACAGUCGAUAUACGGAAUGUCUGUGUAUUUCUGGCGCCAUUCUUCUCAUCCCUCACGACGAUUGUCACCUAUCUGCUGACUAAGGAAAUCCACAGCACGGGGGCCGGUCUGGUUGCCGGUGCUAUGAUCUCUAUCGUCCCCGGCUACAUUUCACGCUCCGUGGCUGGCUCGUACGAUAACGAGGGAAUCGCCAUCUUCUGUAUGAUUCUCACGUACUACGCCUGGAUUCGGGCGGUCAAGACGGGUGCUAUACUGUGGGCCACUUUAGGGGCACUUGCUUAUUUCUAUAUGGUGUCUUCAUGGGGUGGUUAUGUUUUCCUCAUCAAUUUGAUACCCCUGCAUGUGCUGGCGCUGAUGGCAACCGGACGGUUCUCCCAUCGCGUUUACAUCGCGUACAGUACGCUCUACACGAUUGGCACGAUCCUUUCCAUGCAGAUUUCGUUCGUCGGUUUCCAGCCCGUACAAAGCUCUGAGCAUAUGCUCGCUUUUGGUGUAUUUGGUCUCUGCCAGUUACACGCUCUCGUUGACUACGUACGUUCGAUUGUACCGAAGGAGCAUUUCGACACCCUUUUCCAGGCACUCGUCAUCUCGAUUGUGUCCGUUGCUGCCCUGCUGGGUUUAGUACUUACCUUGACUGGCAAAAUCUCGCCAUGGACUGGCCGCUUCUACUCGCUGCUCGAUCCUUCGUACGCGAAAAAUCACAUACCCAUCAUCGCAUCCGUGUCCGAGCAUCAGCCAACAUCCUGGUCUUCGUUUUACUUCGACCUGCAGAUAUUGGUGUUUCUGUUUCCGGCCGGGCUGUACUUCUGCUUCGCCAAACUAUCGGAUGCCAAUAUUUUCAUCAUUCUGUAUGGCGUUACGAGCAUCUACUUUGCCGGUGUGAUGGUACGCCUGAUGCUAGUGCUCGCCCCCGUUAUGUGCAUUCUAUCAGGGAUCGCAAUCUCACAGCUGUUCACUAAGUACAUUCGGAACGUUGAUAUUGGAGGAUUGGCAACCACAGCCGGCCCUGGUGCUGGAGAGAGCCGAAAGGCGAAGGCUCGUAUAGCGUAUGAACAACAAACGCCAGUGAAGCAGGAGGUUGCGAUCGGAUUUGUGUUGCUGCUGACCUUCCUGCUCAUCACCUACACCUUUCACUGCACCUGGGUUACCUCGGAAGCGUAUAGCUCGCCAAGUAUUGUGCUGAGCGCUCGAUCACACGACGGUGGACGCAUCAUAUUUGACGACUUUCGUGAGGCUUAUUACUGGCUCAAAAUGAACACACCGGAGGAUGCGCGCGUAAUGUCAUGGUGGGAUUACGGAUACCAGAUAACAGCCAUGGCUAAUCGUACCAUAUUGGUGGAUAAUAACACAUGGAAUAAUACGCAUAUAUCUCGCGUUGGCCAAGCCAUGGCAUCCACGGAAGAACGUGCAUAUGAAAUUAUGAAAGAGCUCGACGUCGAUUAUGUACUCGUCAUCUUCGGUGGACUAACUGGCUAUUCGUCGGACGAUAUCAACAAGUUCCUCUGGAUGGUUCGCAUUGGUGGAAGCACGGAUCGCGGGGCCCACAUCCGCGAAAUGGAUUACUAUGCCUCUAGCGGAGAUUUUAGAAUUGACAAAGAAGGUUCCCCCACUCUACUGAACUGUCUAAUGUACAAGAUGUGCUAUUACCGCUUUGGCCAGGUGUACACGGAGGGUGGGAAAGCGCCUGGCUAUGACCGAGUACGUGGUGCAGAAAUAGGCAACAAGGACUUUGAGUUAGACGUCCUGGAGGAAGCGUACACAACUGAACACUGGCUUGUGCGGAUCUACAAAGUAAAGGAUCUAAGCAAUCGAGGCCUUUAAAAUCGAGGAAUCACGAGAUUGAGACGAGAAAAUAGCCGUAUAGUUUGUGGAACGCACUACAUUUCCUUGGGGGUUAUCACCCUAGAUUUAUUUAGCAUUCCGGUCUAGCGUGCAAACAAUUCUUCGGGCUAUAGUCUAAUAGGCAACCAUUAUUUCAUGUCAGCCUCCUUGAGAAGAUUUGCACUAAACUGCUAUUAGAACAGUCUGGACAGUUAUGCGAAUACGACAGUGUUUUUUUUUCUACAGAUAAAUUGCAAUGAUCAUUGAGCUAGAGCCUGCACCGAGCAGAGGGUUUGCCCAUAUUAUUUGCAAUGUACAGCAUUUAUGGAUAAAAUAAAGUAACACAUUCUCGAAGGUGUAA